CAUUUCAUAACUGGCUGGUGGUUUGUUUUGUUAUGAAUGUUGUUCUUUUCUUUGCUUAAUUUUCAUACGCAAACCGCAUUGAGUAGAAGAGAUCAAUGUCGAGAAUAACAGAGAAGUGAGUUUAUUCCGGAACAAAACCCAACUCUCCUGCUGCCUACUGAUGACUACGUACACCGUCUCAGGGUGGUGUGCGUGUGCGUACAAUUAUUUUUAGCACCAUAUGAAUCUGUGAUGUAGCCUCGUUCGGACACCCUGAAAUCCCGUCCCGUUACAAAAAAAAGCAACUACUGUACGAUUGAAGUUGAGUCGCAGGCAUGACGCUACCACCUCCUCAACCUGUAAUAAGCGAACCGUACAAAGUGGUUCCGAUCCACAAACACCGUGAGCUGAUGGACCAGUGCAUAGCACUAAUAAAUUCGGAAUGGCCUCGAUCAUACACCGCCCGGCUGUGGAGUUUGGAAUCAUCGAAGGAAACACUACCGACCAGCUUCGUGCUGACGACGACGGACAUAAAAGAUGAAACCAUCGUGCUAGCUCAUGCCAAACUCUCUCCCAUUCCUGCGGAUCGGGAGGCUGUGUUUGUGGAAAGCGUAGUGGUUACCCGGGAGCGGCGUGGCCAAGGAAUUGGGAGACUGUUGAUGCAAGAAGUGGAAAAGCAUUGCUUCCACAAGCUGCAUCUUAAGAAAAUUUACCUUUCCACGAUUGACCAGCAAGCAUUUUACGCGAAACUUGGAUACAAACUAUGCAGUGCAAUUAACAUUUUCGGGUCACGUCCCACGCUUAACAAGAGCACCAAGAAAAUAUGGAUGUUCAAGAGUGCGGAUAGUUAGAGCUACUUAAAGACGGGUACUAGGAACACAAUUGUAUUUAUUCUCGUAUGUUGAUAAGUGCUUAGCCUGCAGUAAGUCUGGUAUUGUACUGCUGGGCCUUUGUAUAGAUUAAAGAUGCUAUUUAUUUAGAUAAAAUUCAACAGUAUAGAAACCAUUUGACUCCGUGAAACAGUCUCUCGUGGUUCGCAGCGAGCCGUAUCAUGUUUUGGCGGUUCGAAAGGUGUGAUAAAAAUAGGUACUCGAAUAACUCCCAUCAUCACGGUGUGUACAGGGCUGUUUCACGAAGCUAAUACCAACCGUACGGUAACAUAUGGUUUAUAUUGCGAUAUGUUUUUUUAGGAUCAAUCAUGGCUGAAUUCAUUUCUAAAGCUUAUCCUAAACCACAUUACAUACACGUUUUGAUUUGGAGCAAUA